GGGGAGCUCUUCAACAAGGGCGCAGGAGCACAGUCCAAUCAAUUCGACUAUCGCCCAACGUUUGCCCAGCUCCAGCUCCAAACAUCCUGACACUCCCACUCACAUCCCAUCUCAUACCAUCCUAUCCUACCUAUCCUGUUCAACCCUCGGUUCCACACUCAGAGCGACAAGGGCGCAUGAGGAAAAUGACGAGUGAAAGCAUGUUUCAAUGUAAGCAUUUCUCUCAAUCCCUCUUCCCUUUGCUUCAUUCAUCUUUCUUUGAUUUGUGUUGUGGAAGAAGAGUCAAGUCUGUCUUGUUGAACUUGUUCCAUAUAUAUACUACCUACCUAUACAUAUGCGCCUCUUCACAUGUGUAGUGUAUAGAGACACCCAUGUGAAAGUGCCAGUCUUUCUUACAGGCGUUGCAUCAUACCCCAAAAGCGGCAUUAAACUGACUUGUUUUCCUUUUUCUUAAAUCUCGCAGUCAUGAGAGGCAACGGGACAAAGUCUCUGACCAUCGUCAUCAAGCUUGGAACAAGCUCCAUUGUCGAUGAGAAGACUCACGAACCACUUCUUCCGAUUCUGACUCUCAUUGUUGAUACGGCUGUAAAGCUUCGCAAAGAUGGUCACAGGGUGGUCAUUGUUUCGUCCGGCGCUAUCGGUGUUGGUCUCCGGCGUAUGGACGUGGAGAAGCGACCUAAGCAUCUCGCACAGCUACAGGCUCUUGCAGCGAUCGGCCAAUGCCGCCUCAUGAGUCUCUGGGAUAGUCUGUUCACCCACCUCAGGCAGCCAAUUGCUCAGAUUCUCCUUACACGAAACGAUAUUGCAGACCGAACGAGAUACUUUAACGCCCAAAACACAUUCCAUGCCCUUUUGGAACAAGGCGUAAUUCCCAUUGUUAACGAAAACGACACUCUUGCCGUUUCCGAAAUCAAGUUUGGCGACAAUGAUACUCUCUCUGCUAUCACUGCCGCUAUGAUACACGCUGAUAUGCUGUUCUUGAUGACGGAUGUUGACUGUCUCUAUGACAAAAACCCCAGAACCAACCCAGAUGCUAAGCCUAUCGAGGUGGUCGAAGACAUCGCCGCACUACAGGCUGACGUCUCCAGUGCUGGUUCGUCCCUUGGAACAGGAGGCAUGAGCACCAAGAUUAUUGCUGCCAGGCUGGGCACUUCCGCUGGAGUCACGACUGUCAUUACGAGGUCUUCUAACCCAGGAAACGUGCUCAACAUUGUGCAGUAUUUGCAGUCAAUACAAAGAGGGAACACUCCUCCCAGUCCAGACGAGCGUGCUGAAGGCUUGUCACGAUCAGCAUCAGCUCUGACGCUCUCCAACUUAAAUGGCGCCCCUUGGCCCCCCCUACACACUCGCUUCAUCCCCGCCAACGAUCCCAUCAGGGACCGUCACUUUUGGCUGCUUCACACUCCUCAUCCUCACGGCACCCUCUACAUCGACUCAGGCGCUUAUAAGGCCCUUGUUGGCAAGGCGGGUCUGCUUCCGGUUGGCGUCAUUGAUGUCGAGGGUAACUUUGCCCAACAGGAGGUGGUGCGUCUCGUAGCAGUCAAGAGACGAUCAACCCCUGGGCCUGAUGGCAAAAUGUGGGAGGGCACCCCUGAAGAAGUCGGUCGAGCUCUGGUCAACUAUGCCGCCGCUGAGAUCGCGCGGAUCAAGGGCAAGCAGAGCGUCGAGAUUGAGAAGAUUCUUGGCUAUGCUGAUAGUGAGUAUGUCGCUCACCGACAGCAUGUCGGUUUCUUUAAGAGAGACAGCAGGCCAGUGAGUCCAGCUCGAGAGAUAAACGGUGCGGUAAUGGAAUAGGAAGACAAAGAAAGGGCUUCGAGAAUGGGCAAAAUGGGGCAAGCGAAUACAUUUCAACAUAU